GUGGACAUCAAGCGAUUCACACUAACAACAACAGGCUUCGGAACGUCCGAUAGCGAAGACUACAAGACCUACUACAUAAACUACCCAACACAAACUCGCAUCAGAACUCAAGAUGACUCAAGCUACGUCUGGAUACUCGGUGGGCAUUGAUCUGGGCACGACCUACUCGUGUGUGGGCGUGUGGCAGAACGACCGCGUGGAGAUCAUCGCCAACGACCAGGGCAACCGCACGACCCCGUCGUAUGUGGCGUUUACGGACUCGGAACGUCUGAUCGGUGACGCUGCCAAGAACCAGGUCGCUAUGAACGCGGCCAACACGGUGUUUGACGCCAAGCGCCUCAUCGGUCGCAAGUUCUCAGACCCCGUGGUGCAGGCCGACAUCAAGCACUGGCCGUUCAAGAUCACGGCGGGUCCCGGUGACAAACCGCAGAUCACGGUGCAGUUCAAGGGUGAGACCAAGACGUUCCAGCCGGAGGAGAUCUCGUCCAUGGUGCUGAUCAAGAUGCGCGAGGUGGCCGAGGCUUUCAUCGGCAAGGAGGUCAAGAACGCCGUCAUCACGGUGCCGGCUUACUUCAACGACUCCCAACGCCAAGCAACCAAGGAUGCCGGUGCUAUCGCUGGGCUCAACGUGCUGCGUAUCAUCAACGAGCCGACCGCCGCUGCGAUCGCGUACGGCCUGGACAAGAAAGGUGGCGAGCGCAACGUGCUGAUCUUCGAUCUGGGCGGCGGCACGUUUGACGUGUCUUUGCUGAGUAUUGAGGAGGGCAUCUUCGAGGUGAAAGCCACAGCGGGUGACACGCACCUGGGCGGUGAGGACUUCGACAACCGCCUCGUCGAGCAUUUCGUGCAGGAGUUCAAGCGCAAGCACCGCAAGGACCUGACGCAGAACCAGCGCGCGUUGCGUCGUCUGCGUACGGCGUGUGAGCGUGCCAAGCGUACGCUGUCGUCGUCGGCACAAGCCUACAUCGAGAUCGACUCUCUGUUUGACGGCGUGGACUUCAACUCGACCAUCACGCGCGCGCGUUUCGAGGACAUGUGCGGCGACUACUUCCGCAAGACGAUGGAGCCCGUGGAGAAGGUUCUACGCGAUGCCAAGCUGUCCAAGGGCCAGGUGCAUGAGGUGGUGCUCGUGGGCGGAUCCACGCGUAUCCCCAAGGUGCAGCAGCUGCUGUCCGACUUCUUUAACGGCAAGGAGCCCAACAAGUCCAUCAACCCAGAUGAGGCCGUCGCGUACGGCGCCACGGUGCAGGCUGCCAUUCUGAGCGGCAACGACUCGUCCGAGAAGCUGCAGGACCUGCUGCUUCUGGAUGUGACGCCGUUGUCUCUAGGUCUGGAGACGGCGGGCGGUGUCAUGACGACGCUGAUUGCUCGUAACACGACGGUGCCGACCAAGAAGUCGCAGACGUUCUCGACGUACGCGGACAACCAGCCGGGCGUGCUCAUUCAGGUGUUCGAGGGCGAGCGCACCAUGACACGCGACAACAACCUGCUCGGCAAGUUCAACCUGGACGGCAUCCCGCCCAUGCCUCGUGGGGUGCCGCAGAUCGACGUGACGUUCGACAUCGACGCCAACGGCAUCCUGAACGUGUCGGCCGUGGAGAAGUCGACCGGCAAGGAGAACAAGAUCACGAUCACGAACGACAAGGGCCGCCUCUCGCAGGCCGAGAUCGAACGCAUGGUGGCGGAGGCCGAGAAGUACAAGUCGGAGGACGAGGCCAACAAGGUGCGUAUCGAGGCGAAGAACGCGCUGGAGAACUACGCGUACAGUCUGCGAAACAGUCUGAACGACGAGAAGAUGAAGGAGAAGAUCCCGGAAGCCGACAAGAAGGUGGUGGACGACAAGGUGACGGAAGUGAUCCAGUGGAUGGAUGCGCACCAAUCGUCGGAGAAGGAGGAGUACGAGUCGAAGCAGAAGGAGCUGGAGAGCGUGGCUAACCCGGUGCUGCAGAAGGUGUAUGCAUCUGCAGGCGGUGCUGGUGAUGGUAUGCCCGGUAGCAUGCCGAAUGAUAUGCCUGGUACUGACUCUCGCUCGUCGGGUGCCGAGCAGGGUCCGAAGAUCGAGGAGGUGGACUAAGUUGUCGCCAGUGAUUCGGUGUGGGAGAAGUGCAUGUUGAUAGAUAUGCUCAGAUUAUUUUAGCAAAGAAACCAAUAAAGUAAAUAUAUGUGCACAUGCAGUAGACUGA